CGGCAAUUCAAACCUUAGAUCAAAUCUUAGCCGUCCAUCUCUGCCCCCCCUGCAGAUUCUUAUUUGAAUCUUGAAUAAAGAAAUCAACAGACUUCACUCUCCGACAGCUCGAGAGAGAGAGAGAGAGAGAGAGAGAGAGAGAGAGAGAGAGAGAGGGAGGGAGGGAGAUCAUUUGAAUUUCUAUUACAAAGAACUGGUAAACUGCAACAAAUUGUCCUGUGUCUGAGAGAGAGAGAGAGAGACAGAGAGGUUCUCUACUCGAGAAUGAGUUGCCACUUUAAGAUUUGAUUUUUUUGUUCAAGAUUCUUGAAAUUCCAAAUUAAGCUGAAAUAACCCGAGAAAGUGACUUACAAUUUCAACUUCUCGAGGACUCGGUAUUCUCUUCUUCAACGCUUCUUUCAGAAUGUUGAGGGACUUCAAAUUCUUGCGUCGGAACAGUGGCAAGAAUGCUCAAGCUGAGGACAUUGAGAAUGUACCAGUGGAUCCGAGGGAUUCAAUGGUUCCUCAAACCAGUACAGACUCAACAAGGCCACCUUUAAACUCAAUUCAAGAAGCCACCCGGAAUUUGAAAGGCGGAGCAGAUCAACAAAUGGGUGUUAGGGUUACUAAAAUUGAUAAGACCCCAACUAAACCUAAGGCUAGUAGAUAUUCUGAUAUCACUAAAACCCCAGAAAAGCCUAUAGGUUUACCAAAAGGUCGAUAUGGGUGGACGCAGAAAGCUGAUUCCAGCUCGAGUACUGUGGAAGCAGGGGAUGACACAACUACAUGUGGUGGUCAAUCGAGGGUUGGAGCAGUCAAUGCUACUCCUCGGUCCAUGAGGACGAUAGGAAGGGCGAAUUCUGGCUAUUCGGAGAGUCAUUCUAAUCAAACCACACCAUCUAAAAGUGUAACUAAGCCUCCAACUCCUUCAUUUUGUUUAGCUGGUGGUUCCAGGCCUUUAGCAAGUGGAGGUGCCCGGAUGGCCAAUUAUGCAGCAUUGUAUAGGGGAAUACCGAGCAGUGGUAAUUCGUUGACUGUUGUUGAUACAGUUGAAGUUCCUCAUUUUGACCUCAAGGAAAAUCCAUCAUUCUGGAUGGAGCACAAUGUACAGGUUUUGAUACGAAUGCGUCCUCUCAAUAACAUGGAGAGAAGUACUAAUGGGUACAAUAGGUGCUUGAAGCAGGAAAGUGCACAAUGCAUCACCUGGAUUGGGCAACCUGAAACUCGGUUUACAUUUGAUCACGUGGCAUGUGAAACAAUCAACCAGGAAACACUUUUCAAAAUGGUUGGUUUGCCAAUGGUGGAGAACUGUUUAUCUGGAUAUAAUAGCUCCAUCUUUGCAUAUGGACAGACUGGUAGUGGGAAGACACAUACAAUGCUUGGUGAGAUUGAAGAACUGGAAAUCAGGCCGAGCCCCAACCGAGGAAUGACACCGCGUAUAUUUGAAUUCUUGUUUGCAAGGAUAAGAGCAGAAGAGGAAAGUAGAAGGGAUGAGAGACUACAAUACAGCUGCAAAUGUUCUUUUCUAGAGAUUUAUAAUGAACAAAUCACCGAUCUCCUUGAUCCUUCAUCCACAAAUUUAAUGUUGCGAGAGGAUAGCACGAAAGGUGUGUAUGUUGAAAAUCUGUCCGAAUUUGAAGUCCAAACUGUGGGUGACAUUCUUAGGCUCUUGACUCAGGGCUCUUUAAACAGGAAAGUAGCAUCAACAAACAUGAACAGAGAAAGCAGUCGCUCCCACAGUGUUUUUACCUGUAUAAUUGAGAGUAGGUGGGAAAAGAACUCUACUGAUAACUUCCGUUUUGCAAGGCUCAAUCUUGUUGACCUUGCCGGUUCAGAAAGACAAAAGACUUCUGGUGCUGAGGGUGAACGUUUGAAGGAAGCUGCAAGCAUCAAUAGAUCUUUAUCAGUUCUAGGUCAUGUAAUAAUGGUUCUGGUGGACGUGGCCAAUGGGAGGCCAAGGCAUGUUCCUUACAGGGAUUCGAGGUUGACAUUUCUACUUCAGGAUUCACUGGGUGGAAACUCAAAAACGAUGAUUAUAGCCAAUGUCAGCCCUUCUAUCUGUUGUGCAGCUGAAACACUGAAUACAUUGAAGUUUGCUCAGCGAGCAAAACUUAUUCAGAACAAUGCUGUCGUCAAUGAAGAUUCUUCAGCAGAUGUCACUGCUCUUAAACAUCAAAUAAGACUUCUAAAGGAGGAGCUUUCUUCUUUGAAACGUCAGAAUGUAUCUAGAGCUUUGUCAUUUGGUCAAACAACUAUUUCAGGAGACUGUAGGACAGAAGAUGACAGCAGUUAUGCUGAGAAGGAACUUGAGACAGAUCAGCAUGGUAGUUUGAUUACAAAGGAAGCCAAGGGCAUUGUAAGGUUGUCCUCCAAACAGUUGAAAUCACUAGAGACCACUCUAGCCGGUGCUUUAAGGAGAGAGCAGAUGGCCGAAACUUCUAUCAAACAACUUGAAGCUGAAAUCGAGCAGCUUAACCGUCUGGUUCGUCAAAGGGAGGAAGAUAAUAGGUGCAAUAAGAUGAUGAUAAAGUUCAGAGAAGAGAAAAUUCAAAGGAUGGAGUCACUUGUCAAUGGACUAAUACCAGCAGAUAGUUAUUUAUUGGAGGAAAACAGUGCACUUACUGAAGAAAUUCAGUUGCUUCAAGCUAAGGUUGAUAGAAAUCCAGAAGUUACUCGAUUCGCAUGUGAAAACAUUAGGCUUUUGGAACAACUGCGGAGAUUUCAAGACUUUUAUGAAGAAGGAGAGAGAGAAAUUCUGUUAGCUGAAAUUUCGAACUUGCGGGAUCAGCUACUUAUCAAUAUUGAUGGGAGCUUGAAGCAGCACAGCCAUUUGGACAUGAAUAUUCCAUCUCAGGAUUCUACAUAUGUUUGCGAUGAGCAAACUGCACUUCAUUCAGAGUUAAAAAAGACUUUGUACGAGUUGGAGGGAUGCCGGACUAACUUAAACUGUUGUUUGGAGAAAAAUGAAAAACUCAGCAGGGAAAUAGAUGAAUUGCGAGGUUCAUUAAAUAGCAUCAGUUCUGCUGACAACGAUCACAAUGGCGGGAAUGAAGUCAGAAAGGAGUCAAUACCAGAAGCUCUGGCUACUGAUGGCAAAUCAACAACUGCUGAUCAGAAAGAGAAGGAAUAUACGAGGAAAGAGGAUAUGAUGAAGAAAAUUGAGGAGAUUAUGGAUUUGCAACUUGAGUUGGACAUUCUGAAAGUUAUAGUUCAAGAAGAAAGGUUGCAUCGCAAUGAAUUGGAGCAAAGUGCUCAAUCCAUGAUGCAAGACCUAGAGUCAUCAAAAGAGCAGCUUCUGUUAGUGACCAAGAAAUGUGAAGAUGUUCAGGCAGAACUCAGGGAAGCAAAAUCCAUUAUUGAAGCUCUUGAAUCUCAACACCUCUUAGCAAUCACUGAGGUAGAAGAUCUAAGAAACAGUAACAGCCAUUAUGCUGAAUUACUGCAGAAACAGGAGCUUGAAAUCUCUUCCUUGAAGGAGCAAAUGAUUCGUCAAGAAUUGAGAGAUCUCUCAUCUUCGAAGCUCUUAGAAAGUGAUGAUUCUCCUUUGCAAGCAAAGCUUAAAAAGAUGCAUGAUUCCCUUGAGAAGGCCAAAAUGUUGAAUCGGCGGUACCAAAAUAACUGUGAAUUUCAAGUCUCAAAUGAGGAAGCGAUGGAUGAAAUAAGUAGGCAGGCUGAGGCAGAAACUGCUGAAGUGAUUGUAUGCUUGCAGGAAGAACUCCUUCUUCUGCAGCAGGAAGUCAGAAAUAGUAGCUUGAAAGAGAUGGAGAGCACAAAGAGGUUAACUGAGCUGGAAACAGAGGUUAAAAGUUUGGAGGCAAAAUUGUCUUUGAUGACAGAAGAAAAUCGAAAACUUGGUGAAAUUGUACAUGACAAAGAAAAAGAGUUAAUAGAUAUGGCUGAAGAAUGGGCACAGGUAAACAGCGAAAUUGAAGCUAUUGUAAGUGGGGGGAAUGAGGCUCUCAAAGAUGCAUGUGAGCAACUGGAUUUUAUUUCCAGUACAUUUCCAGAUAAGAGAAGUAGGAUAUCUGAACAAUUUGGCAGAAUGACAAAAUGCAUUUUUGAAAAGGAUUUAUUUAUUGAAGAGCUCAAUCAGAGUCUGGAGAAUGCUCUCAACAAAAGAAAUGAUAUGGAAUCCAUGUUGAGAUCUCUUAGAGGGGCAGCUUUAGUUAUGACGGAGGCGCACCAGCUAGAUUGCCGUGAAAAAGAUGCUGAGAUACUUUCUUUGACAUCCCAGUUAAGCUCAAAGGCACAUGUCAUCUCAGAACUUGAGAACAAGAUUAAGCAUGGGGAGGAUCAACUCAGAAAGGCGUCGGUCAGUGCAACUGUUGCUUUUGUGGUGGUUAACUGGUUGUCUGAACAGAAUUCCAACUAUAUUGAUGCUUUAAGCCAGAAGGACAUGCAGCUUAAGGAAUAUCUAGAAACAAGCAGACAGAAGGAUGUUAUUCUCUGUGAUCAGGCCUCAGUAGUCGCUGCUGCAGAGAAUCAAAAUGAGUCUCUUGAGGAGCAAAGACAAAAGCUUGAAGAAAGUGAUCUGUUGAAAACGAUUGAGAAACUUACAGAGCUGCAAGCAGGUGUUUCAACAGUACGUUCGCACCUGAGUGAGUGCGUUGAAAUAAGUGGAAGUCCUGGAAAAGAUAUUAGCAAUGAAACUGAUGCAUCUUUUUCUUCUAUUUACAAGUUAGAAACACGGACAGGUACUGAGAUAAGACAACACAGCCAGCACCUAGAGUCAUGCAUUCUUGAAGAUAGGACAGCUGAAAAACCAGACCAUUCAUCCGACAAAAGCAAUAACAUGCUUAAAUCAGUCAGCAAUUGGAAAACUUUUCAAAUGAAUUGGAAGGAUAAGAAUGCCAGAGAUGAUACAAUUAUUCUACUAAGGAAAGAAAUGGAAUCUGCUCUUGAAUGCUUAAAAGGAGUGCAAGCUGAAAUGGCCAAAUUAUGCGUUGAGAAAGAAGCAUUGCGGUCAUCUGAGCAAAAGAGUAGAGAGAGCAUUGGAGAUUUUGUGACUGCGGUAACUUCUCUACAGACCUAUAUGGAUAAGUUUGAACAUGAACUUGAAUUUAAAGUGGAGUUAGUAGAUGAUAAAUUACAGAAAAUAGAAGAUGCUGUGCAAGAGUCCUGCAGCUCCUGGUACGAGCAAAAAAAGCUACUUGAAGAUGAACUUUGUGAUGCUAAGGCAGUGGCGGCCCAGAAAACUACGGAAGCUUUAUGCAUUCUAGCCAAAUUCGAAGAGGUCCAAGACACCAUGAAAGAUGCAGACAUCAUGAUAAAUGAACUGAUGAUAGCAAAUGAAUCCUUAAAGCUUGACAUUAAAGAGCUUAAGAGGAAGGAGAUCAGCUUAGCUGACCAGAGAGAUAUCCUUGUUAAUGAAAAUCAAAGCUUGCAGUCGGCUAAUGAUCUAAAGAACAUGCAUUCCCAAAGACUGGAGCAUGAGUUUGAGUCAGAUCUGGCAAUGAUGCAAAGGCUGGUAUUGGAGAUGGAGGAUAUAGUUUCACAAACAGCAACCACUUCCACAGAUGAGCUGAAGUCUGUAACUACUGAUCUCCUUAUCAUAAAGUCUCAGGUUCAUGAAUCAACUAAGUGCAUGAGGUCAUGGCUUGAGGAGAUCUGGUCAGAUCUUAUCGUCAAGGACUGCGCUCUGUCUGUCUUGCAUCUUUGUCACAUGGGCAUUCUCUUAGAAGCUGCUGCUGGAUUGAAUGCAGAAAAUGGGCUACUCCAUCAUGGGCUAAGUGAAUCUAACUCAUUAAUAUCGAAGUUGAAGGAGCAGAACAUCAAAGCACAGAAAGAGCUCGAAAUGUGCAGAACACUGAAGGGGAAAUUAUUGGCUGACAUUAAAAGCAAUUUUGAUCGCGUAGUAAGGAAAGAGUCUGAUGCAGGGGAAUUCACCUCCAAACUUGGAUCCUUCGAGAAAAAAAUAUUAGAUCUGCAGUUCCAGGAAGAGUCAAUGUUAGCAAGGUCCGAGCAAAUGGGAUCCGAGCUUGUUGAGUUAAUGAAAGAGAUAGAUCUCAGCAACAAAGCUGUCUUGACAUCUGUUAUAGAUAAAGAAAGGGUGCUGAAGGACAAAGAGGAAGCCUUGACAUCUCUGGAAGAUAGUUUGGCAAUGGAAUUUCUUGCAAAAGGCUUUGAGUCAUUAAUUUUGUCAUCCGAGUUAGAAGAGAGCACCAUAUUAAUAUCUGAGUUGGAGAGAAAAACUAAGCAUUUUUGUAAAGUCGCCGAAAGUUUGAAGAGAGAAAUCAUUUUUGGCAACCUAGAUGUUGCAUUAACUGCAUCCAUCCUACUUGACAAGGAGGUUGAGGUUUCUAUCCUACAGCAAGAAGUUGCAGAAGCAGGAAUGAAGCAUCAGAAUAUGUUGGCUGAGCUUACUGAAAUGAAUUCAAUGAUUGCCAAAGUUCACUCUAGAAAUAACGCUCUUGAACAAGAUACUUGCUCACUGAUGGAAGUUUCUUGUUUGAAUGAGACAUUGAAACGUGAACUUGGUGAAUUGGUGGAAGCAAAGACUGUUCUGACAACCCAGGUCCAGGAACUUAGCUCUGAAAAUGAGAAGUUGCUUGAAGAAUUACAAACUAAGGAUUCAGCCCUUGAAAGUUCUUCAAGUCGCAUCUUCUUCCUUGACCAACAAAACCAGAUGUUGCAGAAUGAAAGCUGCUUGCUGGAAGCUGCAUCAUGUAGACUCCAGAAUGAUAUGGAAAUGAAAGAUGCAGAACUUAGAAAAAUGAAUUGUCUUGAAAAGGAGAUUGAAGCACUGCAGCAUGAAAUAACAGAGUUAAAAGGAGAACGUUGCCUACUCUUCCAGGAGUUGGAGGUCAAAAAAGCAGAUAUGGAAUCUUGUGAUCUGAAACCACAGAUUGAGAGAAUCAAUGCUUUGGAUGCAGAGAAUGCUUCCAUGAGAAACCAACUCAGAUCUCAUGAGAAGUGUACAUAUGACACUUUCGAUAUGGUGCUCAAAGUAAACAGCAUUGGGAGUAAAGCAUUUUAUGCUUUUCAAAAUAAAAGUGCUGAAUUAGAUACCAUGUUACAGGAUAUACAUAAAGAAGUUGAGAGGGGAUCCAAGUUUUUGCAAGAGUUUGAAUCAUUUAAGAAUUUCGCCGAAGAGAUUUUAUUACAAAGCGCUUCCCUGCAAAAUGAGUUAGUUCGGAAGGAUGACGUCAUCAAAGGAAUGCUAUUUGACCUUAGCUUGUUACAAGAAGCGGCGUCUAACCACAAGGAUCAAAAGGAUGAAAUUGAUGAUUUGGUAGCUUCUAUUAGUACUUUGGAAACUGAGCUUGAUGAAGCUGUUUGUAAAGGUCAAUCGCUUGAAGUUCAGUUGCAGGAAAAAAUAAGUAAGAUAGCUCUUUUGGAGUCGGAUAUCUCGCAAAAGUGCAAAGACAUAGAAUUGCUUUCAAGCGAAAACUCGGUGCUGACUGCCAGUGCCAAGGAGACCAUCGAAGCAAAAUGUUCCAUGGAGGAGGAAUUGUUAGAGAAAAGGGAAGUUUGUGAGAACUUAGAAAUAGAACUCACCAAAUUUGGUGAUAUUGUUAGUGAAAUGAACAAUUCAAUCGAAUGCUUGAGGAGAAAUCUGAAUGACGUUACUAGUGAGAGGGAUGACCUCCAUGGAGAAAUUGUCAGAUUGAAAAGGGAGCUAGAUAUGGCACAAACGCUUGCAGAGGAAAGUGAAGCAAUUGCCAUAGAAGCAAAAGAGGUGGCAGAGAUGGCAAAACUCCAGGCUGAAGAGAAAGAAGAGGAGGUUACAUUGUUAGAGAGGUCUGUUGAGGAACUAGAGUGCACAGUGAAUGUACUAGAAAAUGAGGUUGAAUUUGUCAGAGGAGAGGCUGAGCGGCAGCGUUUACAGAGGGAGGAGCUUGAACUGGAACUUCAUGCUAUCAAGCAACAAAUGAACAAUGUAAAAGGCAGUGAUGUCGACAUGAAAAGGCAUCUAGAGGAGAAAGAAAAAAAUCUUCAAGAAGCCAGUCAGCGCAUACAACUUCUUGAGGGAGAAAUCAUCUCAAGAGAUGCUGAAAUUUCCCACUUCAAGGCUCAUAUAUCAGAACUAAAUUUGCAUGCUGAGGCACAGGCUUGCGAGUAUAAGGAAAAGUUCAAGGCAUUGGAAGCAAUGGUAGAAAAAGUCAAGAUGGAUCCCCAUGCCACCCAAGCUCCAACUUUAUCAUCAAGCAAAUUGGAGAAAAAUGCUUCAAAGCCUAGGGGUUCCGGUUCCCCUUUCAAAUGCAUCGGAAUAGGCCUGGUUCACCAGUUAAUGUCUGAGAGGGAUGAGGAUCAUAGUGCAGAAAGACAUCGUAUCCAAGAACUUGAGGCUCUUGCUGCAAGUAGACAAAAAGAGAUAUUCAUGCUGAACUCAAAAUUAGCUGCUGCCGAAAGCAUGACCCAUGACGUAAUACGUGAUCUAUUGGGUUUGAAAUUGGAUAUGAAUAACUACGCGACUCUGCUGGAUAAUCAGCAAGUGCAAAUGUUGACGGAGAAGGCUCGACUCCGUAAUUCUGAUGCUCAGUUCAAGGAGCAAGAGGUUCUUAAGCUGAAGCAACAGCUAAAUGAGUUCAUAGAGGAGAGGAAAAGAUGGAUUGAGGAAAUUGAGAGAAAACAAGCAGAGAUGGUGGCUGCACAGAUUGCACUAGAAAAACUGCGCCAACGAGAUCACUUGCUUACAACUGAAAAUGAAAUGAUAAAGAUGGAGAAUGUAAAUCAUAAGAAGAGGGUCAUGGAACUUGAAGCAGAUAUAAAGAAGUUGUCCGGUCAGCAAAACCUUCAACAACGUAUCCACCAUCAUGCUAAAAUAAAGGAAGAGAACAAUUUACUGAAAAAUCAGAAUGAUGACCUUAUUGUUAAGUUGCGGAAAGCUGAAACAAUUCUUUCAAGAGUCAGGGAAGAGCUGGCUCACUUCCGUCAAACUAAUGGAAGAAGCCCCUACAUUAAUUUUGAUAAGGAGCAAAUACUGGAGAACAAGUUGAAGGAAAAGGAAGAGGAAAGACUGCAAUUGGCGCAGAAGUUACUUGGCCUGUGCGCUACUGUGCUGAAGGCUGCUGGAAUAACUAGACCAACAUCCGAGGUUGGGAUCUCAGCAGCUGAAGAAGCACUUGAGCAGCUCAAAAACAAAUUGAAUGCACUGGAAAGAGAACUACAAGAUGCCAAAUUUAAGAAUAAAAUGACUAAUGAACGAAUCCGAUUGUCUGAGAUCAUGCCACAAUCUUCCCCUCUAAGAAUAGAUGAAAAUGAACAGACUUCAAACAGAGGAUCUUCCCCUCUAACAGUCUUCGAUCGGUGAAGCUUCUUUACCAACUUAAAGAGGCAAAAUUUAUAUGUACAUUGUGUUAGUUUUUUGCUAGCAGUUUGUUCAUAUGUUCUUUUGUAUGUAUACACUUCCCCACAAAAGUUGAAGAUCAUGGAAAUCUGUAAAUAGUGUAUCCAGGAUUUUGUAUUAUAUUCUUUUGAAAGUACUUAUGUAAUUCAUUUAUUUUGUAAAUCUCCUAGUGUAAACUUCUACUUAUGUUGUACAAUCAAAGUGCUGUCACAUUUAUGUUUUAUUGGUGAAAAAGACAAUUUGGACGUAA